AUGCCUGUUGUGUGGCCAACCCUUUUGGAUCUCAGCAGGGAUGAAUGCAAAAGGAUUCUUCGAAAAUUGGCUGAAGUGGUUAUGGAGCAACACAUCACAACUACUGUAGAUUGGUUUGGACUUCUGGGCUUGGGGGCCUUGAAUCAAGAGAUUAUGUUUAAUAUAAAAAUGGUAGCCUUUAAAUUUAAACUAAGCCCUAAUUUUAGUCCCAGCUCUAUGUGUAAUGCUCAUGGAGAGCUGCAUCUAUACAAAAGAAAACAGCCUUUCUACAGGGUUCCAGGAGGACAAGAGCAUACAUGUAUCAUGUAUGCUGACGUUCCACUGACUAAAGCAAAUAAUGCCAAGCCAAAGUCAGAAUUGGAGGCGUAUGCUGGAGUUAUCAGUGCACUUCGGGCACAGGGAGAUCUCACCAAGGAAAAGAAAGAUCUUCUUGGAGAACUCUCGAAAGUUCUUAGCAUCUCAACAGAACGCCACCGUGCUGAAGUUCGGAGAGCAGUAAACGAUGAACGGUUAACAACAAUUGCACAUAAGUCGUCGAUUGGUACCACUGAUGCCCGGCUGGUUCCCCAGACCGCCUUCACUGUAACAGCUAAUGCUGUUGCCAAUGCAGCUAUCCAGCACAAUGCAUCCCUUCCAGUGCCCGCGGAAACAGGAAGCAAGGAAGUAGUGGUUUGCUAUUCCUACACAAGUACCACGUCAACCCCAACCUCUACCCCUGUUCCAAGUGGCAGCAUAGCAACGGUUAAGUCUCCAAGACCUGCCAGUCCUGCCUCCAAUGUAGUUGUCUUGCCAAGUGGAAGUACUGUUUAUGUCAAAAGUGUUAGUUGUUCAGAUGAAGAUGAAAAACCCAGAAAACGAAGGCGAACAAACUCUUCUAGCUCCUCCCCUGUUGUCCUGAAGGAAGUUCCAAAGGCUGUUGUUCCAGUCUCAAAGACCAUCACUGUGCCUGUGAGUGGCAGUCCCAAGAUGAGCAACAUCAUGCAGAGCAUUGCCAACUCCUUACCACCUCAUAUGUCUCCUGUGAAAAUAACAUUUACCAAACCAUCAACACAAACAACAAACACAACAACACAGAAGGUUAUUAUAGUGACCACAUCACCAAGUUCAACCUUCGUGCCCAACAUUCUCUCCAAAUCCCAUAACUAUGCAGCAGUCACUAAGCUUGUACCAACAUCAGUCAUUGCUUCCACAACUCAGAAGCCACCAGUGGUUAUAACUGCUUCACAGUCCUCCUUGGUCAGUAGUAGCAGCAGUGGCAGCAGCAGUUCUACACCAUCACCUAUUCCCAAUACAGUUGCAGUAACAGCUGUGGUAUCUUCCACGCCAUCUGUGGUCAUGUCAACAGUAGCACAAGGUGAGUGGUGAUUCACCAUGUCAUUUUGUCCCU